UGCUUGUUGGUGCGAUGAUGUAAUGAAGUAAAAGAAGAGUAAAGAUGGCGGAGAAUAGCGGCACGGAUCCUGCCGUGGAGACGAACACUGAGGAAAAUGCCGCUGCUAGCGCGACUAUCAUUAAGGUCACCGUCAAAACACCGAAGGAUAAAGAAGAAAUAGCCAUCGCCGAGGAUUCAUCUGUCGCACAGUUUAAAGAGGAAAUCUCCAAAAGAUUUAAGGCAAAGCAGGACCAGUUGGUUCUGAUUUUUGCCGGUAAGAUCCUGAAGGACGGAGACACGCUCGGCCAGCAUGGCAUUAAAGACGGACUCACGGUUCACCUGGUCAUCAAAACAGCACAAAAGGCUUCAGGUGGUGGUAGUUCGCAGACUUCUGCCUCUUCUGGCCCUGGACCAUCGCAGGACAACACCGCUGGAAGCGCUAACUCCAGCCCGGCCGGCAACCUGGGCACACCCCAGGGCAGUGGGCCGUCCCCAACCCCGACACAGCCACCCAAUAUACUAGCUGGGUUUGGUGACCUGUCGGGCCUGGCUAACCUCGGUAUGGGAUCUGCCAACUUCAUGGAGCUUCAGCAGCAGAUGCAGCGACAGCUCAUGUCCAACCCUGAGAUGCUGUCUCAGAUCAUGGAGAACCCGCUUGUGCAGAGCAUGAUGUCCAACCCUGACCUGAUGAGGCAGAUGAUAGUGGCCAACCCACAGAUGCAGCAACUGAUGGAGCGCAACCCAGAGAUUUCACACAUGCUUAACAACCCAGAGCUUAUGAGACAGACAAUGGAGUUGGCACGAAACCCAGCCAUGAUGCAAGAGAUGAUGCGUAACCAGGACCGGGCGCUUAGCAACCUCGAGAGUAUUCCCGGGGGUUAUAAUGCUCUUCGGAGGAUGUACACAGAUAUUCAAGAGCCCAUGUUUAGUGCUGCACGUGAACAGUUUGGAAAUAACCCCUUCUCGGCAUUGGGUGGAAAUGCUGAUAACUCUGGAACACAGCCCUCCAGGACAGAAAACCGAGAGCCCCUGCCAAAUCCCUGGGGUCCCCCUGACACUGCUGCCACCACCACCUCUGGGACGGCUACCACCACCAGCUCCACCACAAGCUCAACCACACCCAGUGUGUCCAACCCUCUGGGCAUCAGCUCCUCUAGCCUUGGAAACGGUAUGUUCAACAGUCCUGGCAUGCAAAGCUUAAUGCAACAGAUCUCUGAGAACCCUCAGCUUAUGCAGAACAUGCUUUCUGCUCCUUAUAUGCGCACUAUGAUGCAGUCCCUGGCCCAGAAUCCUGAUAUUGCCUCACAGGUGUUGAUGAACAACCCUCUCUUUGCCGGAAAUCCACAGCUGCAGGAGCAAAUGAGACAGCAGUUACCUGUAUUUCUACAGCAGAUGCAGAACCCAGAAUCCCUUUCUGUCAUGACAAAUCCUCGAGCCAUGCGAGCCCUAAUGCAGAUCCAGGAGGGACUGCAAACCCUUCAAACCGAAGCCCCUGGUCUCAUGCCCAGUCUGAUACCUGGUGGGAUGGCUGCUGGUAUUCCUGGUGCCCCACUGCCCACAGGGGUGAAUGUGACUCCUGAGAACCCUCUGCCCUCAGGCGGCCCCAGCCCCGCCCCCACCCCCACCCCCGUCCCCACCCCCGUCCCCGUUCCCACCACAGUUGCUGGAACAAACACUGCCCAGCAGCAGCUCAUGCAACAGAUGCUACAGAUGUUUGCUGGAGGGAAUGCAUCGACUCAGACUCCGGAAGUGCGUUUCCAGCAACAGCUGGAGCAGCUGAGUGCCAUGGGCUUCAUCAACAGGGAAGCCAACCUUCAGGCUCUCAUUGCCACUGGGGGCGACAUCAACGCCGCCAUCGAAAGACUGCUCGGCUCUCAGCCUUCCUAAUUCCAUCAACUGAGAGCGUGCGAAGGGAGACAAGAAGCAAACAUAGUCCUCAUCACAUAAAAUCUGACAAGCCCCACAUAGACAGAAUUCCAAUUACUCCAAUCGUGUUUUUUUUUUUUUUUGCUUCGAUCAGUCAAUCUGUGAAUCAAAAAGCAAUGAGGGUUUCAAAUUUGUUUCCUUGAACAACAUCAAAAAAACAAACCAGAAUCGCUGUGGAAUGACAUCACACUAACCCCUCAUCACUAGUAAGAUGGGACAAAGCUUACCAAGUUACCAUUCCUUACAAUUAGAACACACUCACCUGAGGCACUACUCAGUGGUUAGGGGAAUAAAAUCCAUACGCUUGAAUUCCGAGGCCCAGAGGGAUUCUUGUCUUCUGUGAAAAUGCUUGGUUUCUUAAUUUCUCUCUGUUUCUCCUAAUUCAUGCCUGAUCAAACCAGUAUUUAUUGCAGAAACGUAGAGCUUACCCUUUACUCCCCUUCCACCCUCCUCAGUUGACGUUGAUUUGAGCGUUCCUUGACAUUUUGAUGUGUUAAUCGAAAUCUAAUAGACAUGAACAUGUUGGAUCACUAUAACACCUUGACUCUGAUUGCUUACACUUCAGCUAUUUUAGAAAGGAAUGAGUUUUGGAGAUGAGAUUUGGAAAAGAUAUUCAGUCAUCUCUUUAGUCGUUUGCCUUUGUGAGGAGUGUACAUGAAUUGACCGUAAAGGCUUGUCAUAUGGGGAAGGUUGUAACAAAGCAUCAAUAAAAUAUUUCUCAGCUUAACAAGCAGUGGCGAACGCAGACACCAUUUGUUUCGACCAUAUCUUUAUGCUUUGACAUAGAAGUAUUCUAGUGCCUGGAACACGCUUGUAUUGUGUACUGGAUACAUCCUCCUCAAGUUGAUCUGGCAAAAAAAAACAAAAAAAACAACGGGUUACAGCAUGAUAGUAAUGCUAGCUUCUCUCAGUGCUAACCAAUAGCUGUCUAAUGGAACGAACAGUUUUAUUGUGAAUUUAAAAUGUUUAACUUUUUUUUUGCUGCACGUCCAUAAUCCACUCUAUUCUACUUGAAUUACAUUACAGAUACCAACAUUCAUUGGGGUUUGUAGUUCCUUCUAGCAUCUGGUUUUGUCUUAAAUCCAAUGUUUUUUUUAUUUUAUUUUUUUUUGUUAUUUUUUAUUUGCAAUGUUGGGCUGCGUUGACACCUUGCAAUUUUACUUUUUAAGUUUAAAAAGUAUUGCAUGAUCAUUCUCUUCUUCUAACUGCAAUAUUUUUAAUUAUUGUCUAAUUAAUGUGGAGGUCACGCACAAGUCAUUUGUUCUUGUUCUUGUUAUAUAACCAUUUAAUUUCACAAUCACAAAGCUUUAGACAUUAGGAUUGCUUUAGGUAGAUGUCUUAACUUAAAAAAAAAAUCGAAUUUCUUGUUAAUUUACUUAAAACAAUAUGAGAACUGAAAAUCUGACAUGUGAUUUCCAAGAUUGGAAACAUGGUGAAUCUUUUAGUGAAUUUUGAUUUUGUUAUGCUUAGCUGUAACAUUUGCUUUUUGUGGGUGCAAUUACCAUAAACAAUUCUUUAAAACA